UGUUUGGAGACAUCCCUGAGAGCACCAUGUGUGCCAUGCGGAUGGAGGAGGCUAUCGGCCAGGUUGUGCUGCCUGGAGAUGUUCUGCUGCUCCCUGGCCAGUCUCAGGAUGCCCCUCUAUCCUUGUCCGGGGCCCCCCAAGUUGCCAGGGUUAAGGUGGUGUGUGGCCCCGGACUCCUGAGGCGGGGUGACGAUCUACAGGUCAGCAAGUGUGGGCUGCUGAGACACAAGGAGCCUUCCGUCUACUGGGUGGACUCUCAGCAGAAAAGGUAUGUACCCGUGAAGGGUGACCAUGUCAUUGGCAUUGUAACUGUGAAAUCUGGAGAUGUAUUCAAGCUGGACAUUGGAGCUAGUGAGCAAGCUUCGUUGUCUUUCAUGGCAUUUGAAGGUGCAACUAAAAAAAACAGACCAAACGUAAAGGUUGGAGAUCUUGUUUAUGGACAGUUCAUUGUUGCAAAUAAAGACAUGGAGCCAGAAUUGGCCUGCAUAGACAGUUCUGGAAAAGCAAAUGGAAUGGGUGUUUUUGGACAAGAUGGAUUCAUGUUUAAAGUGUCGUUGGGUCUAGUAAGAAAGUUGCUAACACCACAGAACGACAUUAUUCAGGAGCUAAUGAAUGUUUACCCAUUGGAAAUAGUUAUUGGGAUGAAUGGUAGGAUAUGGACAAAGGCGAAAACCACCCAACAGACAUUAAUUAUUGCUAAUUUACUAGAGGCUUGUGAAUACUUAACAGCUGCACAGAGGAAGCAUGUAUUUGCACAAUUUGCUGACGGCAUGUAAAUGAGUCUAUGUACAGACCUAAUUUUAUCAAUCUUAAUUCAGAACAAAAGUGCUAUUCAUGUUCUCGGCCAGGAAAUGACUAGCUGAUUUUGCCUGUUCUUUUAAAAAUCCUUGCAGCCUAUAUGAUUUUCAUUGUUGUUCUAUCCACCUGACAAUUAUACCUUUUCUUGGAGAAAGCAUUUAGAAAAACUUGACCAAUGUUAGUCAUUAAGCUCCAAAAUGUAGAGAAUUCAAAUCUGCAUGUCAAAAUUCUCAAUUUUAGCUAAAGUUACUGCUUGGCCAUUUUUCUCUAAAUUCAGCACUUUGGAUUUCAGUUUGUUGCAUUCAGAACAACCGUGUUUACAUUUGCUCAGUUCUGUUUCUUUUAAAAUAUGGAUUGUAACAGUGUUUUAUAAAAUCCUAUUUUUUUUU